AUGCUGGUUCUUCGUUAUAGCAUCAUUGGGACGCUUUUCUGUUUCCUAGGAUUUUCAUCGGCAGCGCCAGCACUGUCCUUCCUCCAUCACGAUCCUUACUCCACCUGCACAACAUCAAAUGUCGUAGUCCGCCGGCCCUGGGAUGACCUCUCGACCCCGGAACGUCUCUCCUAUAUCUCCGCCGUCAAAUGCAUGACUACUCUCCCCUCUCUCACGCCUUCUUCCCUCGCCCCUGGCGCCCGCAACCGUCUUGACGACUUUGUCUACGCCCACAUCAACGUCACCAACUUCAUCCACCUCUCCGGCCUGCUGCUCCCCUGGCAUCGGCAAUUCAUCUGGUCCUGGGAGCAAGCUCUACGAAACGAGUGCGGGUACAGUGGAUACCUUCCCUACUGGGAUUGGGCGCGGCACUCCAAUAACCUGACUUCGAGCCCCGUUUUCGGUCCCGGUCCCGCCGCAUUUGGAUCAAACGGCAAAUACAUCCCACAUCACCUAAACGCAACCUCACCCUUGGUUGGGCUCCCAGCCCCAGGCGUCACUGUUCCACGCGUCACGGGCACAGGGGGCGGCUGCGUCAAGGACGGCCCGUUUGCAGAUAUGACACUCCAUCUCGGUCCUGUGUCUCCAUCGUACAACGAUAUCCCAAACAACAAGUUCGGAACCCAGUACAACCCCCGCUGUCUAAAGCGCGACUUCCAUCAACCCUCCGUCACAGGCAACAUGACAUACGAGGCCAUCGCUUCGCUCUUGCGGACGAGGUCCAUCGUCGAGUUCCGGCCACAGCUGGAGCAUCCCACAGGCGUACACAUCAGCGGACACAACUUCCUCGGUGGCGACGGUGGCGACACGUACAGCUCGCCUAACGAGCCACUGUUCUUCCUGCACCAUGCCCAGAUUGAUCGACUGUGGACGAUCUGGCAGGGACAGGAUAUCGGAGGGCGAAGGGGCGCGUUGGAUGGGACGGUGACAGUAGCGAAUGUGCCGCCGAGUGAGGACGCAACGCUAGAGAGCGUGAUGAGGAUGGGCGCGCCGGCAGGAGGGGAUUUGCCAAUUGGGCAUGCGAUGCUGACGGUCGGGAAUGAGUACUGUUAUAUGUACGUCUAG